AUGUGGUACCAGCUGUCUUGCGCGCCCAUGAACUCGGUGCGCGUGCGACAUUACUACGCCCAUCUUCUGCAACAGAGCUCCGCCUACAAGUGCUACAUCGACAAGGACGUGCACCGGACGUACCCAGGGCAUCCGUUCUUCUCGUCGGAGGCGGGCCAGCAGCGGCUCCACAACAUCCUCACGGCCUACUCCAUCCACAACCCCAAAGUCGGCUACUGCCAAGGCACGUACCAGCGCAUGAAUUUUGUGGCGGGGUUCCUGCUAGGGUGGAUGGACGAGGAGCGGAGCUUCUGGACCCUCUGCAACCUCGUGGAGGACCUUCUCCCGGCCUACUUCUCCAAGGACAUGACGGGCUCCAUCAUCGACCAGUACGUGUUCCGCAAUCUGCUCUACCAACGGUCGCCGAGGCUGGCGGCGCAUCUGGAGGAGAUGGGGUUCCCCAUGGAGGUCAUCACCACGCGCUGGUUCAUGUGCGCCUACACCACCACCCUCCCCAAGGAGACGGACAUGCGGCUGUGGGACGUGUUCCUCUAUGACGGCAGCGAAAUCCUGCUGCUCAUCGCCCUCGCCAUCUUCAAGCUCUUCGAAGAGGAGUUGCUGGAGCUGCGCGACGCGGCGGACAUCACGCUCUACCUGGGCCACGCCACGGCCAACCUUUUCGACUGCCGCGGCCUCGUCAAGCUGGCCCUCAAGGGCACCACGGAGCUGACCGGGCGGAUCGAGCAGCUGCGAUUGUACUACUACCACAUCAUCCACUACGAACGCUCCGUGCGAGAGAGCGUGGAGAGCGAGGGCGCCAAGCCCAUCAACCUCUUCGCCAUCCAGACCAAAAUUUGGUUCGAACGGGAGGAGGUGGACGAGAUCUACACGCUCCUCUUGCAGCACGCCCGGCGGUCCUUCAAGAAGCUGGGCCUCGCCGACGUCACCCCGCCCAUGUUCAUCGAAAUGGUGAUGAAGGUGGCGCCCCGGUGGCACAUCGAGGAGAGCGGGCAGCUCCUCCACUCGCUGUUCGUGCUAGCCACCCGCACCUACCAGAACGACGAAGACUUUGACGGCGAGCAGCGGGCAGACCUGCGAGACGUGAUCCUGGCGUGCUGCCUUCUGCUCAACGGCAGCCCCACCGACAAACUACAGAUGAUGUUCGAGUUGUACAGCGACGGGGAUGGGCGGAUAUCGGAGGAGAGCAUGCUGGCCAUGCUGCGUGCGAUGUACCGCAUGUACUACCAGAACUCCUACGACAAGGAGGUCCAGCGCAAGGCGUCGGAGAUCACGUUCAAGGAUUUCCGGGCGACCAUCCAGCGCCACCCGCUCCUGCUCUUCCUCUCCGUGAACCCGUUCCUCAAGGAACUCGAGGCCCCGCCCUCCCGCCCCCUGUCGCCGUUGGGAAGCGGACACAGCGGACACCACCACCACGCUGGGUCGCCGUCGCACGCGCCAUCGCCGCUGGGGAGCGCCAACUCGGCGGGCACCAUUCGGAGCAUGAAGGUGCUCCAGCGGUCGGCCGCCAACUUCAUGUCCAAGUUCUCCCGCACCACCGGCGGCGGCCCCAUGACCAGCGCCAACGCCGCGGGCGCCAGCUCCAGCUUCACGCCCUCGCCCUAUCUCACCUCGCCAGCCUCGGCCUCGGCGGCGCUCAUCUCCAACGCGAGCCUGGCGACCACGGCCUCUUCGCCGCCACAGGCGCCGGCGGAGCUGAAGAUCUCGUUCAACCCGAUCUACACGGGCUCGCCGCACUCGCUGCCCACGCCGAGCUCGUCCCCCACGCGCUCGGGCUCGCCGCCGGCCGGUGUGUGGGGCACGAGCACGAGCGCCGGAGCGAUCCCGACCCGCUCCGCCGCCGUGGUGCGGCGGCGCGAGCACCAGCUGCCGCCGCGCGAACACAGCGACGGUGACGUGGGGCACCUUGCCCCGGCCGACGAGGGCGGAAGUGAUGUGUCGCCUCGUUGGGGUCGCACGCAUCGCAAGCUGUCCGUCGAGACGAUCGUGUCGGGCAAGAAGUUUUUGAAGGGGCGAGGAUCGCGGGCGACCACGCGGCAUAGGGCGGCGGCGGCGGGAGUGGUCGGGCGGGAGACGUCGCACCCGCCACCACCACUGACGCCCGAGGACAGCUGGGAGGGCGAGGGCAGCGAGGACGACCUCGCCGGCGUGGUGGCUGCCGACGCGGCGGCGGCGGCGGCCAUGGGCGACGUCGAGGCCGCGCUCAAGACGCUGGCGGGCGAGGUGAAGAUGGCCAUCGUUCAGAACGAGAGCUUCCUGCGCGACAGCCUGGGCGCCGCCGAGUUCCUCUCCCACGCCGACGCGGCUGCGGAUCUGGCCACGUCGGUGGCACAGCGGCGGCGGGCCACUGUGCGACCGGUCACGAUGCUCACCCGCGUUGCUUCCGCGCAAGGAGAAGACUGA